AUGGCUCAACAAAUAGUCAUUCGAUUUUAUUCAAAUGGUUUCGCGGUGGAUGAUGGGGAAUUGAGACGUAUUGAAGAUAAUCAUCCGUUUGAAGGUGGUCAAAUAUUACGUAAUUCAACAGCAUUAAGUGCUUUAUUACAACAGCCAAUACGUGUUAUUAAAAUUCGUGCUGGUCGUGCACAAGGUGGAUUAAGGCCACAACAUUUAACUGGCAUUCAGUUAUUAGCUGAAAUGUGUCAGGCACAUCUAGAAAAUGGUCAUAUAGGCUCGACAGAUAUUACAUUUAUUCCGAAAACAAUUCACGGAGGAAAAUAUUUGGCCGAUACAAAAACAGCCGGGUAUGUAAAUUUGACCAUUGAACUGUUUAAGGGGGGGGGUACCCUCUCCCCCAAACAUACCCUCAAACUUUGCCAGUUUGUAGAGGACACCUUCGGGGGUAUACGUGUGCAAUAACUCACGGGUUAGAUAAGUUUUGGCGGAGAGGUGAAAAUUUUAAAAAUUGA